AUGAGCACAAUCAGGGUCGGGGACACUGUCACUGUCCCGGGAGACAUGCACGGCGUGGUCAAGUUCAUCGGACCCGUGGCAGGCAAGAAAGGAACAUUCGCAGGCGUCCAGCUGGCACCAGAGUACGCACCGCGAGGCAAGAAUUCCGGCGAAGUCGAUGGCAGACAGUAUUUCCGAACCACGAUACCCGGGUCUGGCAUCUUUCUGCCUCUGGAAAAAGCCGUCAAGAAGUCUGCCGGGUUGGGCGGCAACGGCAUCAGACCAAGCCCGGGGACUCCCACUCCCACUCGACUGAGCAGUUUCAACCAAGGCGGCCGGACGCCGGCGAUUGCAAAGCCCAACUUUAGCCAAUCCAUCGGUCCUGGCGUGAGGAACGGCGCAGCAAGCCCGGCGCUCAAACCUCCCGUCCGGAGAGAAUCGCUACCACGGCCGUCGAGUCCACUGCGCAAAACAGCCAACACGCCUACUCCGAGAACAACAUUGGCGACGCCCAAAACCCGACCCAGCGGCAUCGGACUGGCCAAGAACAGUAGUACGAAUGGAGGUGGACUGGGACAACACUACGGGAUGGCGGGACAAACACGCCGCGGCGGCAACAACAACGCUUUCAGCCAGAGUCUACGACAGAGUUCUGCAAAUACUACGCCGAAUCGCUCAGCAGCGGGGUCAGGUGCCAGUCCGUCACUGGGACCAGAAUCGAGUUUCGACGAGUCGCAAGAGCCGAACGUGACCCCGACGCCCACGCCUCACGUCAAUCGCAAUGCUGCCGACGCAGGAGGUAAUGCCGCAGCUGCUGCUGCGAAAUACGAGACCAAAAUACGACAGCUAAACGAGGAACUGGGCGAAGCAAGACGACAACUAAGCGAGCAGAGCUCGACGGUCGCCGAGAUGGAGCGCAACUUCAACGAGCUGCAGAAACUACUGCCUGGUCUUGAGAGUGGCCAAGCCGGUGGUGGAAAAGGACCUCGCGGUGGUGAAGCAGACGAAGAAGAGCUCCCUCGAGACGUGACAUCUCUGCGCGAAAUCAUCCGAGAAAAGAACGAAAAGAUCAAACUGCUCACGGCCGAGUUUGACGCACAUCGGGCGGAUUUUCGGUCCACCAUCGACACUCUGGAGAUGGCGAGCACAGAAACCGAACGGGUGUACGAGAAACGAGUGGACGAAUUGCUCGAAGAGAUCCGGACCCUUCAAGACCGCAGCGAAGAUGUCGAGAGCGUGGCGCAGCAACUUAAGCAGUUGGAGGAACUGGUUCUGGAGCUUGAAGAGGGGCUGGAAGAUGCUCGACGAGGCGAGGCCGAGGCGCGGAGCGAAGUCGAGUUUCUCAGGGGAGAAGUGGAAAGGUCCAGGUCGGAACUACGGAGAGAAAGGGACCGGCUGAAAACUGAAGAACAGUUGAAUGGCUAUUCUGCGAGUAAUGUGCAAGACCUGGAAGCUCAGUUGAACGCCAAAGAUGAUGAAAUCCGCGGUCUCAAGGCGAUUAUUCAAAAUCUCAACGAGUCUCAUCACAAAGCAAAUGAUGUUGGCAGUCAUGAAACAGACCAAAAUGCUGCUCAACGGGCCAAAACGAAUACAAAUACACAUACACCUCAGGAGGGUGGUGAUGAAGACGUCCGCCUCAGUCUCCAACAACAGAUCCGUGACCUCGAAGCCCUGCUGCAACAAAAGAAUGCGCACGAAGAAGAGCUGGAGAAUGAAGUCAAGCAGUUGCGUAAUAGCGUGACUUUGUCAAAGUUCCCUAUGCCCGCAUCGCCGUUUGGGAUUCAUACCGGCAUGAGACAUUCUCGUGGGAAUAGCGAGGAUCUGCCUGACGGCGGCGGCGGCAAACAUCAAAGUACCGGCACGACAGGAAGUCAGAAAACGGUCGUCAUGAGUGGUUCUUCUACGAGUCCUACUGCCCGAAGAGGACGAUUUGACAAGUCUUUGCAAGAUAACUGGGGUCAUACCAGUACGACAACGGCAGACGGCUCGCCUGUCAAACGACGACAGCAAUAUAGUCGUCAACAUGGUGGCAAUGAAAGGAACAAUGGUGAUGACAACGACGAUGAUGUUGUGACGGAUAUAUCGACGGCGUCCCAAGCAAACGCAAACGCAAACGCAAAUGGUGCUCUGUGGUGCGAAAUAUGCGAAGAAGGCGGCCACGACAUCUUGAACUGUACAAACAUGUUUUCAAAUGAACAGCAGCAGGGUCCUCCAGGAACAAAAAGGGACCCCAAGUUCGAGGAGCGCGACCGACCUUCGUCUCUGAAUAGAGAUCGACCAGCUCCUUUGAUGAUGGGUCUCAACAGGGCGAAGAAUACGGGCAGCCAGCCGCUGCAAUCUUCGUCUCUCGACGACGACGGUAUAGAUGACGAUGACGGUGAUGGUGUCAGCGACGUUCCACCCUCGCCGCCGCCCAAGGAUACGACAAAGCCAGCACCCGCACCUACAUUAAUCGAAGGCACAGGCGCCCAGGCGGGAAUGUUGGCAGGUCGAACAAGCGGUGUCAUUGACCCGGAGAAAUGGUGCGCUUUGUGUGAGCGGGACGGACAUGAUUCGGUCGAUUGUCCGCUCGAAGAUGCUUUUUAG